AUGUCAGAAACUAAGGACGGUAAACAAGUGGAAAUAAGCAGCAAGGAUUCAGCACCAGAAGAUACGGAACUAGAAGUUCAGACAGAUUCUUUAUUUACAAAGAUCCGAAACACGCUAUCGGAAUUGGAAGGUGGAUUCGAUGACGUUGAUAGCUUGCUUGAACCCUUGCUUUCACAGCCCUUGAGCGAAUUAGCUCCAGGUCUGGGACCGAUAGAUCGCGCUAGAUUAUAUUUACUUUAUGGCUACACACUUAAUUCCUUAAUAUCAUUAUUUUUGGAGCUAAAAGGUCAGGACUCUAAAAUAAGAAUACUAGAGGAGCAAUAUAGACGUAUACAAGAUUGUUCGGAAAAAAUAAAUAAUACCGUUAAUCCUCCCCAACCAUCAUUGUCAAUUAAUCGCGAUGCAGCUUCACGAUUUGUUAAGCAUGCUUUGUCGAAUGUAAAAGAUCGUGAUCGUGAUACAAGAGAGAAUGGUCGAGCAACAAGUUCCGGGACACAUAUCAGAUUCAAUGACGACGAAAAUUUUGGAGGAUCUAGCAACAAUAGAACUAAUAAUAGAUUUAUGCGUGAUGAUAAAGAUCGAGACUAUCGUUCACGUUCAUCGCGGAACGAUAGAGAAUAUAAACCAUAUGAUCGUCGCGACCGUGGUCGUGAUCGUGACCGACCGGGGAGACGAACGUAA